CUCAGUUGUGUUAGUUUGGAGCUAGGGGGAGAUCGGGAGCUCACACUGCACCGGCCUCUUACCCCCACAGUCCCGGGAGAUGGCAGUGCCCAGGAGACACCCCUGCCCGCCGCACCUACUGCUGCUGUCCUGCUGCCUGCUCUGGAGGACGAGCUGUGCCCAGGAGCUGCCCGCUAACGGAGUCAAUGGCUACAGCCUGCACCCACCAUACUUCAACCUGGCAGAGGGCACCAAGAUCUCCGCCACUGCCACCUGCGGGGAGGGAGAAGGAGGCAGACCGCUGGAGGAUCUCUACUGCAAGCUGGUGGGGGGACCUGUGUCUGGGGAUCCCAGCCAAACCAUCCAGGGCCAAUACUGUGACAUCUGCCUAGGCAGCAGCGGAGAUAAGUCUCACCCCGUCACCAACGCCAUUGAUGGGACUGAGCGAUGGUGGCAGAGUCCCCCCUUAUCCCGGGGACUGGAGUACAAUGAAGUCAAUGUCACCUUGGAUCUGGGUCAGGUUUUUCACGUGGCUUAUGUCUGGAUCAAAUUUGCAAACUCUCCCCGACCUGACCUAUGGGUAUUGGAGCGAUCUACAGAUUUCGGUGCCACUUACCAUCCCUGGCAGUAUUUUGCAUCUUCCAAAAGGGACUGCAUUGAGCGUUUUGGAGCACAGACUCUCCAGCGGAUCACCAAAGACGAUGACGUUAUAUGCGCCACAGAGUAUUCCCGAAUUGUGCCAUUGGAGAACGGAGAGAUUGUAGUUCCCUUGGUGACCAAGCGUCCAGGAGCCAUGAACUUCUCCUACUCCCCUCUACUCAGAAACUUCACCAAAGCAACCAACAUUCGGUUCAGGUUCUUAAGGACUAACACUCUACUGGGGCACCUAAUGGGCAUAGCACAGGGGGAUCCCACUGUAACCAGAAGGUACUUUUACAGCAUCAAAGAUAUCAGCAUCGGAGGACGCUGUGUCUGCAAUGGGCAUGCUGAAGUUUGCAAUGCCAAGGAUCCUGCAAACCCUUACAGGCUUUAUUGUUCUUGUCAGCAUAAUACUUGCGGACCCUCAUGUGACACCUGCUGUCCUGGCUACCACCAGCUUCCUUGGAAACCGGCAACUAUGGAUAGUCCCAAUGAAUGUGAACCCUGUAAUUGUAAUGGACAUGCCUACGACUGCUACUAUGAUCCAGAGGUUGAGAGAGUCCGGGCAAGCAUGAACCGGCAGGGCCAGUACAUAGGUGGAGGUGUCUGCUUGGACUGUCAGCACAAUACCGAUGGUGUCAAUUGUGAGCGCUGCCGUCCAGGAUACUACAAAUCACCAGAUCAUCCUACCCACUCACCACACACUUGUCAAAGUUGUGCCUGUGACUCUGAAUUUAUGAGUGGAACAUGUGAGGACCUUACCGGAAGAUGUUACUGCAAACCCAACUAUACAGGCGCAGACUGCAGAUCGUGUGCAGAAGGAUAUAUGGAUUUCCCCCAGUGUUAUCCUGUUCCAGACACAUCUGACGAUACAGGGGCGCAGAAGCAGCCGGCAGGGGAGAUUAUUACCUGUGAUUGUAACGUAGCUGGAACUGAAGGAAAUGCAUGUCGCCGAGACUCAUCUACUGGCACCUGUAUUUGCAAAUACAACUUCCAUGGAGAGGCUUGUGACACGUGUGCCCCUGGCUACUAUGGUGCCACCUGCCAAGAGUGUCAGUGCUCUGGCCCCGGCGUGUAUGAUGGCAGCUGCGAUAAGGACAGCGGACUGUGUUUGUGUCGGGUUGGAUUCGAGGGAACGUUCUGUGAUAGAUGUGCUCCGGGCUAUUUCAACUAUCCCCUGUGCCAAUUGUGUGGGUGCAGCCCUGUAGGCACUUUACCCGAAGGCUGUGAUGAGAGGGGGCGCUGUUACUGUAAGCCAGAAUAUGAUGGUCCGAGAUGUGAGCAGUGCUCAGUGGGAUAUCACUCCUACCCCUACUGCCAAGUUUGUUCUUGUGAUCAUCGAGGGGCAUUGGACAAUAACUGCACUCUGACAGGACACUGCCAGUGCCACCCCAGUUUUACAGGACUCACCUGCAACCAGUGUGCCCCUGCAUACUAUGGGUUCCCUGCCUGUACACCUUGCCAUUGCUCCAGAGAGGGCUCUGUCCAUAGCAUGUGUGACCCACAGAGCGGACAGUGCAGGUGUCGCCUUGGAGUUACCGGACUAAGAUGUGACACCUGUUCCAGUGGAACAUAUGGAUUUCCAAACUGUGAAGUGGGACCCUGUAAUCCAGCUGGAUCUAGCUCUGUCAGCAUUGAUUCUCCAGAGGGCUCCUGUGAAUGCAAGGAAAAUGUGGAGGGCACAGCCUGCGACAAGUGUAAACCCUUAUACUGGGACCUCUCCUCCGAGCACCCCAAUGGCUGCAAACGAUGCGAUUGCGGCUCCGGGACAAUAAAUGGAGUUGGAGAGUGUCGGCAGGUCACAGGCCAAUGUUUCUGCAAAGCCAACAUAUGCAGUGGAUCAUGCAACAAGUGCAAGGAUGGUUACUACAACCUAAAGCCUGACAGCUACUUUGGAUGCCAGGGAUGCCAGUGUGACAUCGGAGGCUCGGUCGGUUUGGCAUGUAACGCGAAGACUGGUGAAUGCCAGUGUCGUGAGAAUGUGCAAGGACCCCAGUGUAACCAACCAGUCAACGGCUAUUACUUUCCAGACCUGCAUCAUCUGAGGUUUGAAGUGGAGGAUGGGCGAACAACAGAUGGAAGACCGGUGCGCUUCGGAUACAACCCUCUGGAGUUUGAAAACUUUAGUUGGAGAGGAUACGCUCAAAUGUCUCCAUACCAGCCAAAGGUCAUAUUGACCAUCAACGUGACUUCCCCCGACCUCUUCCGUGUUGUGUUCAGAUACGUGAAUCGUGGUGUAGACAGUAUCUAUGGGAAGGUGUCACUCAUUGAAGAGAAGAAGUUUAAUGCUUGUGCCAAUUGUUCUGAACAGAUCAAGCAGAUCGUAUUCCCUCCAAGCAAAGAGCCGGCCUUUGUCACCAUUCCCCAUGGAAGUUUUGGAGAACCCUUUGUCCUGAAUCCAAACACGUGGUCUGUAGUCAUUGAAGUGGAGGAUGUUCUUCUGGAUUAUCUGGUCCUGCUUCCCAGUGCUUACUAUGAGGCUCCGAUUCUCCAGGUGAAAGUAACUGAGGCCUGCACCUAUUCCCCCUCCCCAGAGCAGAGCAAUCAAAAUUGUCUCUUGUACAAAUAUCUCUCUCUGGAUAAAUUUCCAUCAUCGGAAGGCACUGAAGGAAUCUGCCGCAUGGAUAACAGCCUUCCCAGACCCUGUCAGACUGAGCAGAUCACUCCCCGACAUCCACCGCUAAUUGGCUGCUAUGGAAGUGAUAUUGACGUCUUGUUCCACCUGCCUGUCCCCAAUCCGGGUUUGUAUGCCAUUGUUGUUGAAUAUGCCAAUGAGGAGGAGCUUCAGACCACUAAUGUGGCAGUGAACUCUCCCCAGAUGCCUCCACAACAGGGAACCUUCACUUUCUAUCCUUGCAAGUACAGUUUCCUUUGCCGUGGCGUGGCCUUGGACACUGAGAAAAAAGUGGCCUUUUUUGAUCUCACCACUGAAGUCACCAUUCGAUUCUCAGCAGACAAGACACAACUGCACUUGGGCAAGAUCUUCUUAAUCCCCGCUGAUCGGUACACUUUGGAGUAUAUUGAGCCUAGAGUUCAUUGCAUUUCCGUUCAUGGUUCAUUCAACCCUAGCAGUGGUUCUUGCACUCCAUCAAGAUUUCAUAAACCUUCUCAGUCUGUUGUGUUGACCGAGGGGAAAACUGGAACGGAUACAACGAACAAUGGGCAGCAGCUGCCAUCCCUCCCUGCGCCAUUGCCUCCAACAGCUGUAGAUGCCACUAAGCUGAUCCGGCUGCAGUCCCCAGAGACGGAGGUGACCUAUAAUGGCCAUGUUCAGACCCCCGGACGUUAUGCCUUCCUAAUCCACUACUAUCAGCCUUUACAGCCCUCAUUUACUGUUGAGGUUCAAAUCCAUGGAGGACGCAUAUGGCGAGGUUUAGCUAAUGCUACCUUCUGCCCUCAUGGUUAUGGCUGCCGCAGCUUGGUCCUUUCCGAGGAUCAGGCCUUAUUAGAUGUGACUGACAAUGACCUGUCAGUCACCGUCCGUGUCCCUGAUGGCAAGAUCGUCUGGCUGGAGUAUAUCCUGGUCAUUCCUGAGGAUAGUUACAGCUCUAGUUACCUAGUGGAGGAGCCGCUAGACAAAUCUUACAACUUUAUCAGCCAAUGUGGAGCCAACAGCUUCCAGAGCAACCCAGCCACCUCUAAGUUCUGCAGAGACGCUGCAAUCUCUCUGUCCCUUUUCUAUAACAACGGAGCCAAUACCUGCAAUUGUCACGAGGCUGGCUCUCUGAGCACGACGUGUGAGCCAUAUGGAGGCCAGUGCUCCUGCAAGCCUAAUGUGAUCGGAAGAGAUUGUUCCCACUGUGCUACAGGAUUCUGGGGAUUCCCUGAAUGCAGACCCUGUGAUUGUGGGUCACGCUUGUGUGAUGAAGUGACCGGACAGUGCAUAUGCCCCCCUCGCACGGUGAAACCAGAGUGCACAGUGUGCCAGCCCCAAACAUUUGGCUGUCACCCCCUGGUGGGCUGUGAGGAGUGUGACUGCUCUGAGACUGGACUGCAGAAUCUAACCCAACCAGGAUGUGAUAUCCAGACUGGACAGUGCAUGUGUAAACCAAACAUCAUGGGACGUCGUUGUGAAAAAUGUGCUCCUGGUUUCUAUGGAUACCCCAACUGCAGACCCUGUGAAUGCAACCGGGCAGGCACUGAGCAAGCUAUAUGUGAUCCUGUUACAGGGCAAUGUCUCUGCAAGGAAAACGUUGAAGGCCGUAACUGUGACCAGUGCCGCCUUGGAACUUUCUUCCUGGAUGCUGACAAUCCCAAGGGCUGUACCCGCUGCUUCUGUUUUGGGGCCACUGAUCGCUGCCACACCGGAUCCAAGUAUAGAACUCAGCUAAGUGACAUGAGAGGAUGGAUACUGGUUGGAGGAGAUCGCCAGGAGGUGGAGACCACAGAACGUGUUGGGGAAGGUUUAAUUGAGGCUGAUCUGAGGGAUGUUCCCGAUGUCUACCAGGAGUUCUACUGGCACGCACACCGCAGCUACCUUGGAGACCGAGUUUCUUCUUACGGUGGGUUCCUGAGGUACGAGCUGAAUUCUGAAGCCAUCAGAGGAGACCAGAUCUACAUUCCCGUGGAGCGGCGGCCAGACAUCAUACUGAAGGGGAACCAGAUGAGCAUCGCCUUUCUGGAGCCAAGAUAUCCUUUACCUGGAGAGAUUCACAGAGGCCAGGUCCAACUUACAGAGAGUAACUUCAUUCACAUUGGCACCAACUAUCCUGUAUCCCGUGAGGACAUCAUGAUGGUUUUGGCAAAUUUGGAAGCACUACAUAUUCGAGCCCUAAAUUCCCAGUCCUCCUCCAUGGUUUCUCUACGCCAGGUUGUUCUGGAGAUUGGUCAAGCCACUGGCAUUGGAGUGAGAGCCAGCAAUGUGGAGCUGUGUAUGUGCCCAGCCAACUACCAGGGUGACUCCUGUCAGGAGUGUGCCCCUGGCUUUUACCGAGACAAGGGUCUCUUCUUAGGCAAGUGUGUGCCUUGUAACUGCGGCGGGCACUCAGACCAGUGCUUACCAGGCACUGGAACCUGUGUGAAAUGCCAACACAACACAGAGGGGGACCAGUGCGAGCGCUGUAAGGAAGGCUUUGUGUCCAAUGGAACAGUGAAUGGAGUGUUACAUUGUGUUGCCUGUCCUUGCCCACUCUCUGUGCCCUCAAACAAUUUUGCUAUUGGAUGUGUGCAGAGGGGUUCAUCAUUUACUCAGUGUCUCUGUAAACCAGGCUACGCUGGGGCAAAGUGUGAGCGCUGUGCUCCUGGUUACUACGGGAACCCUAUGGUCAUCGGAAGCUCCUGCUUGCCUUGUAAUUGUAAUGGAAACACAGACUCUAACAUGCUGUUCAAUGAGUGUGACCCUCUAUUCGGGACAUGUACUGGCUGCAUGUUCAACACUGCCGGGCCACACUGUGAGGUGUGUGCACCAGGCUUUUAUGGAGAUGCGAUAGCCGCCAAGAACUGCACCAAUUGUAAUUGUUCUUCGUGUGGAACUGACACUUGUGACCCAAGAACUGGAAGAUGUAAAUGCAAACCUGGAGUGACUGGCCUAACCUGUAACCGCUGUGAGGGUGGCUACUAUGGAUUUGAUGGGUGCUCAGGGUGUCAGAGAUGUAGCUGCGGUGAGGGCUCAACUAGUUCUAGUUGUGACCCCCAAACCGGUCAAUGUCACUGCCUCCCUGGUGUAGCAGGUCCCCGCUGUCAGCAAUGUGCCCCUGGUUACUGGGGCUUUGGUCCUAGUGGUUGCACAAAAUGCCAUUGUAAAGGAGGUUCAUGUGACCCACGCACUGGGGAGUGUAAAUGUAGCGACGGGCUGACUGGAAAGCAGUGCGAUACCUGUAGUCGCCCGUAUGAGGUACCAGUCAGCCAUUGGCCAGAUGUGAUGAAGUGCGAGCCUUGUGAUAGUUGUGUGGUGACUCUGCUGAAGGACCUGCAACGUAUGGCAGACUUUAUUCCCAGUAUCAGGGACCAAAUCACCAACUUGAGUAUCAGUUCCAUCGCUUGGACUCGUCUAGGCGGCCUCAAUGUCUCCAUUGCGAACUUGACAGAUCUGUGGCUCCAAUAUCAAAGCUCCAUUAAUGGUAUUAAAGAUAAAGCUGACGAUUUGGAAGAUGAUAGUUUUAGUCUUGCUCAAGACUUUGAUGCACUAUAUGAGAAGGUGAAUUCAACCAAUAGAACAGCAGUGAAUUUACAGAAGGCAACAAAAGACACCAAUCAGAAAGCGAGCGACCUGCUGAACAGAGUGCAGACUUUAUACAAUGUUUCACUGGGGCUGAUCCAUCAGCUGAGCAAGAUCGGCUCAUCAAACGCCAGUAACAUCACAUCCACCGAUGAGUUCAGACGGAUCAUGACCGAUGUGGAGAAAAUGCUAAAGGAGAUGAGAGACAAGGACUUUGUAUACGCCAAAGACCUGGCAGAAAAGGAGCGUGAAGAAGGCAAAAAAUUGCUGGAUCGGGUAAAAGCUGAGCUCCUGUCCAGUCUAAAGGCCAAUCAAGACCAACUGAAUGAGAUCAAGAAGAAACUGGAGACCUUCAGCUCGGAGGUGAUGGAUUUACGGGACGCCAUGAAUGAGGCAGUGAAUAAAACCAUAGAGACUGAGGGUCUUAACAGUCUGAACUACAACAACUUGGAAGAGAACAAGCUUAAGGUGAACGACUUAAAGGCACAACACAAAGAGCUGCUGGGAGCGAUCAAGAUGGGAGAAGAUGCUCUGGCCCAGGUCUCAGACAUCUGGCAGAUGCUAGAUGACCUGAAAGAGGAAUAUGAGAAGUUGGCGGCUGAACUGGAUGGAGCCAGGGUCCGGAUUAUGGAGAAAGUGAAGAAGUUCUCUCCAGCAAGCAACAAGCUAUCUGUUGUGGAACAGGCUGAGGAACAUGCAAGACUCCUAAGUCAGGUGGCCAAGAACUUAUUCAAUGCCAUUGGAGACUCCAAUCAGGAUGAGUUUAUCCAGAAAGCCAUAAAUGCCUCCAAUGCUUACUCCAGCAUCAUUGACGCCAUAAAGCAGGCUGAUAAAGUUGCAAAAGAUGCCAACCGAGUGGCUGGAGAGGCACAUAAGAACAUCUUAUCAGAGGAGCUCGCAAAAAAAGGAAAAGAAUUGAAAGAUAACAGCUCAAAGUUGGAGGAAAGCGCCAGAACUGCCCAGAAUGUAUUAAAUGGAGAUGUCCUGAAGAAGCUGCUGGAAGCGAAGAAGAAACUUCAGGACAGCAAAACAAAGAAAGAAAAACUUCAGUCGGAGCUGAGAUCUGUUAUGGACAAAAUCAGCAUGACACGAGAUAAUGUUACCGAUCAGAUAGCGAAAUCCAAAGUCAAAGCCUCAGAAGCCAACAACACGGCUACCAGGGUGCAGACCACGUUGACUGACAUCAAAAAGAAUCUUGACGAGUGGAAGAAUAAAUACGGAACCAUGAAGAAUGAAGAUGUGAACAAAGCUGUAGAUGAGGCCAAAACUACUGUGUCUAACCUAGAAAACACCAUCCCACUGCUUCUGGACAAACUCAACAAACUAGAGGACCAACAGGGACAGAACAACAGCAUCUCUGAUAGUAUUCAGCGUAUCCGACAACUGAUCUCACAGGCCAGGGAUGCCGCCAGUAAGGUUAGGGUACCAGUGAAAUUUAACGGCAGUUCUGGGGUGCAGCUACGUACCCCGGGUAACCUGCCUGAUCUUGCAGCCCACACCUACCUCAAACUACACAUCCAGAACCCAAACCCACAGAAUAAGAAGAAGCGGCAAGCUGAAGCUGACCCCUCACGUUUUGUGAUGUUCCUAGGACACAAGGAUGGUCAGGGUGACUAUCUUGGCUUGGUCCUGAGAGGCAACAGACUGCAGUGCAUCUAUCGUCUUGGGGAAGAAGAACCAACUUACCUGUCUGCUAAUGAGGACAUCAAGGAGCAGUUUGUCACUGUUGUCAUAGAGAGGAUUCUGCAGUAUGCCCAGAUGUCCAUCUUUGUGACAAAGGAUAGCUUACAUGAAUUUAAAGGAGAUAGCACGGCCAGCGGUGAGCAGGGGCUCCUCAACCUCGACCCCCAGAAAGUGGUGUUCUAUGUGGGAGGGUACCCUGCAGAAUUCAAGCCACCUUCAACACUGGACUAUCCCAACUUCAAGGGCUGCAUUGAAUUGGACACUCUGAAUGAGAAACCCAUCAGCUUGUAUGACUUUGAAAGAACCUUCCAACUGGACACAAAAAAGGAUAAACCUUGUCCUAGAUCUAAAUCUACAGGAGAUCCAUGGCUCACUGAUGGAUCUUACUUUGAUGGGACAGGUUAUGCAGAGGUUAAGCUGGAGACCCUUCCUGGGGUCAAGAGGUUUGAGAUGGAUGUCCGCUUGGUUUCUCACAAUGGAAUCAUUUUCUUCCUUGGUGGAGAGGAUCAGUUUGUUUGUCUGGCAGCCCAGGAAGGUCUGCUCACCUUGUAUUACAAUAUCGGAAGUGGAACAGAGAGAGCAAAGUCGAUAGAAUCCUCCCCACUGUUUGUCAGCACCUCCACCUCCAAAGCGAUCCAGGUUAUUGUUGCCGUUAUUGGUGGCAAGAAGAGGAUAUUUGUGCGAUUCGAAAGGUUGAAUGUGUUUAGCGUGGAAUAUGAUGGAGGAAGCCUGGAGUUAUCCCGAUACUUUUACCUUGGCGGUCUUCCUGCUGAGAAGCUUCCAGAUGGCCUGAAGGAGAUUUUCCCCAGCGGGGGUUCCAUCAGAGGUUGCAUGAAGGGGCUCAAGGCUUUAGGGAAGUACGUGGAUCUGAAGAGGAUGAACACAACUGGAGUGAGCUACGGCUGCACCUCAGACCUGCUGAUAGCAAGAUCUGUCCAGUUUAAUGGCCAUGGAUUCUUGAACAUGAACCUGAAGAACGUGCCCAACUUCCAAGACGACUUCUAUGCUGGCUUUGGCUUCCAGACAAGUCAGAGUAAUGGCCUGAUGUACUACCAUAGCAAUGAGGAAGGACUGUGCCAAGUGGCUGUCCAGAAUGGACGCUUGUCGGUGAAGCUGCUGGCUGCACAGCUUAUCUCCAAAGCUUCAUAUUCCGAUGGCUCCAGACAUUACCUGUCACUUUACAGCAACAAGAAUGAGUUGCGGCUUUAUGUGGAUGAUGAUCUACAAGACAGCGGAAAACUAUCUCAGGGCGGCCGCAGAAGACGACAGGAUGCUUCGGGCAACAGUUUAUUACUUGGAGGGGCACCUGAUAGUACCACACCGGCCAACUUUAGUGGCUGCAUCAGCAACGUCUUUGUGAAAAGGAUGACUGGACCUCAGAUGGUUCUGGAUCUACAGCAGAACAUUCGCAGUGUUAAUGUCACCAUGAAAUGUGAAGAUGUCCCUGAGGAACGCCCCCAGGAGAUCAGAGCCCUGGUGCGGAAGGAUAAACUCAAAAUGAAGGUGCGGCAGAGGAAGUUAGCUCUGUUGGAACACCGCCACUUGCAGAACUCAUCCUGUCAUGUUCCCAAACCUUUAAAAGGGGCAUUAAGAUUUGGGGGAACUUCAUCAAGCCACCUGGAAUUCACCAAUGUCCCUGGCUCCUUCCAAGACAGGUUCCACAUCUCCAUGGACGUUCGGCUGAACUCUUCCAAUGGUCUCCUUUUCUUCGUGGCUGAUGAGCAAGGAGCCUCCUCUUUGUCUCUUUAUGUGUCAAAUGGCCGAUUCAUCCUCAUGAUGAACGUCCGUGGAAAAGCACAUCGGCUGAGAAGUAAAGAAAAGUAUUCAGAUGGACAGUGGCACACAAUUUUCUUUGGGAAGGAGAAGAACAAGCUUCGCCUUGUUAUAGAUGGCCUCAAGCCUCAGAGUGGGCUGCUUCCCCCAGGCUCCAUGCUAUCUUUAGCAAGCCCAGUUUACAUUGGUGGUGUCCCUGCACUGAGGAAGCGUCCAGACAACCUGGACGCCAUGCUAAAUGGCUUCAAUGGAUGUCUGAGGAACCUGAAGAUGGAUGGAAAAUCCCUGGACAAACCAACUAAAGCUGCAGGAGUUACCCCAUGUUUUGAUGGGGUCAUAGAACAUGGUCUCUUCUUCUCCGAUGGAGGAUUCUUGACAUUUGGGAACUUGAUUGAUGUGGGGCAGGAUCUGGAGCUGAAGUUAGAGGUGCGGCCAAUGCACCCAUCUGGCCUCAUAUUCCAUAUUCACACAGAGGAGGGUUAUGCAAUCACCCUGUCCUUGGCUGACAGAAAGGUAACUGUAGUUCUGACAGAUGUGAAGGGUAAACACAGUACACCGGUUCACCUGCGGCAGCCUCUGUGUAACGGGCAGUGGCACACCAUCUCCGUCACAAAAGGAAGCAAUGUGAUCCAACUGGAUGUGGAUACUGAAGGAAACCAUUUAGUGGGAGUCAGUCCAUCCUCUCACAGCAGGAGCUGGGGAACCCUCCAUAUGGGUGGAGUACCGGUAAAUACGCCGAUGGCAGAUCACCCACUUUCUCCGUAUCAGGGCUGCAUGAGGAACCUCAUCAUCAACAGGAAGGUCAUUGAUGUCUCCAAAUCUGGAAUUUUCACAGGAUCAGCCGGGAUCAACAUCUGUCCAGCCCUUUAAUUUCUAAGUAGAUGGACACUGACAUUGGACUGCUGUUAUUUAAGGGCAGAGACCACUAAACUGUGCCAGUAGUGGGAAGGCGUUAGGUCAUGUUACAAGCUGACCCUAACAUCUUACCCAGAAACAUGGGUGCUUUUUCCAUGGUUACUUUACCCAACCCUUCUUUCUGGAGUCUGUUUUCAGCCCCUCCCACACACACACAACAUUUUACCCAUCAAUGCGCAUUUAUUCUGCUAUACAUCCUACAAUGCUCGAGGAGUAAAAUAUUACUGCUGUAUAUGAAAUCUUGGCAUUUUAAGGGUCCACCCUUGGUAAAAAUCCAACAAGCAACACCAUAGUGCUGUGCCCGCAGUUGGCACAAGUCAGCGAUGUACAGGUGGUUUAUUCAAAGUUUUUCAGAAGAAGUUUAUUCUAGGCUGAUAAUGUUCCUGCUCCUAUCUGCUUCAAUUACACGUUUGCUGCGACACAAUCUGAUUUCACGCAAGGUCUAACCCAAUAACGAGACCUGUUCGUAUGGUUUUACUUGAAUUGGCAGAAGGAGGCAGUUUCGGCUACUAAAAAAAGCUUCCUAAUUUCACAGUAACUUUGCUAAAGAGCUGUAAUGCAUACAAAGGUGGCAAAUGCAAAAAUGCAAGAUGCUAUGUAAUUAAAGGGGUUAUCCAGUAAAAAAAAUUUUUUUUUUCUUUUAAUAUAUAUCAACUGGCUCCAGAAAGUUAAAAAAAUGUUUGUAAAUUACUUUUAUUUAAAAAUCUUCAUCCUUUCAGUACUUAUGAGCUGCUGAAGUUGAGUUGUUUUUUUCUGUCUAAGUGCUCUCUGAUGACACGUGUCUCGGGAACCACCCAGUUUAGAAGUAAAUCCCCAUCGCAAACCUCUCCUACUCUGUGCAUUUCCCGAGACAAGCAGAGAUGUCAGCAGAGAGCACUGUUGCCAGACAGAAUACAACAACUCAACUUCAGCAGCUGACAAUUAUUGAAAGGAUUAAGAUUUUUUUUUUUUAUAGAAGUAAUUUACAAAUCUGUUUAACUUUGUGGAGCCAGUUGAUAUAAAAAAUAACGUUUUUUUCCUGGAAUACCCCUUUAAAGUAAAAUGUCAAAAUAAUGGCAGCUGGUGCUUAGCUAUAGAAUAAGUGUUUUAUGUGUGGGGCAUUUUCCUCUGGGGCCUGCCGAGAGCGGGUAAGACAGGGGCAUCGAGAUGGCAUCCAAAAGAGAAUGGAGAUUAUAGAAAAUGUGGCCUUAUGCCAGUGUAUCCCAACCAGGGUGCCUCCAGG